AUGGGGGCCAAGGAAGAACCUUUGGAGGAGGCUCAAUCAAUCGGCGGCAAUGAGUCUGAUCGCAUCUUCUCAGAGCAGAUUCAUGGCAACGUUGUCGUUGAGGAUGUCAUAAAUUCCAUUCGUCGAUUAGAGUUCGACGACGACUCUAUCGUCAUCUUCAUCUCAGGCGUUACCUGUACCGAUGAUUGUGCGCUACCUACAGGUUCUGCUGUUGGGGUUUUUUUCAGUCCAUCAUCGCCAUUGAACCUCAGCGAGCGCGUUCCCCACCGAUUGCCACUGCUUGUUACUGUCGCCGAAAUGUAUGCCGCUAUGCGUGCGCUUGAAGAGUUUUGUUUGAUGUCAGAUAAUACAAACCUAUGGCACCCAGCAACACCUGCCUCAACUCUAGUCGCCAACAAACACGAAAAUGCUGAGACUGCCGACAAACUUUCCGAUCUUGAGGAGAAGGAACGUGACGACCGACCAGCGAGAGAAUCUACACCUUUGACAGACAACAUUUCUGAUAUUGGCUCUGAUUCUACCAUGGUGGUAACAGAUUCGGAGGAGUCGGUGAGUUAAUAGCGCGUGGAGAGACCAGUGAGCAUUGACUAAAAGCAGACUAGGAGGAUUUUGAUUAUACAAGCCACCUGCGAGACUACUUCGGCUUCAAUGAUAUGAUAGUCAGAGAAAACACGAUACCAGCUCCAAAACGUUGUUUUGGGAUCUCCCGAGUCGUCAUUGUCACAGAGUGCGAGGAACUUAUCGAUACUCUCUGCGAGGAAAAUGCAAAAGAAGUACCGAGAGGCCCGGAACCUCUGCCACAUACAUGGGGAUUGCUUAGAGAAGGGAGAAGUAUCAGUGCAAGCGUUAGCAAAUUGGAAGUGCAAAGGGAUUCUCUCCUUAAACGUCUUGAGGAUUUUUCAGCACCAGAGGUCGCAGACACACUCAAACAAAUUCAAAGUCUGGAUUCUGAGAUAGCAUGUGCGGAACGUUCGUACGCUUACACGUUUUUCAAGGCAGAGGAGGACCGAAUCAAGGAGAUCGCUUAUAUUGAAGGACUCUCGGUAGAGGAGAGCCGUAGCCUUUUGGAGCUUAAAUGGGGACUGGAUCGCGCAGCAGAGGCCGUGGAGCGUUUGUGUCCGUUGAAUAUUUGGCUGGUUGAAAAGGGCACGAUUCUUGAGGCUCGGAAUCUUGCUUUGCAAUCUCCUAUAAUUAAUCAGCCUUGA